AUGGAGCCGGAACCGUCUGUGCCCUCCCAAAGGUCAAUCCGAAAAAAUUACAGUCUUGCUACAGAGUUAGUUUUCAUAGACAAUUCAGAUGGGACAGGUGUUAGAGAUCUUUAUAAUGCUUCCUCUAUACCGAUUUAUCAGACAGCGACUUUCAAGCAGUCAUCAGCAUCAAGAAUGGAAGACUUCGAUUAUACAAGAAGCGGAAAUCCAACCCAGAAUCAUCUCGCAAAAAUUAUGUCUGCGAGUCGCGCAUAUGUCGUGAGUAGUGGUAUGAGUGCGUUGGAUGUGGUAGCUCGUUUGGUCAAAACUGGUGAGGAGAUAAUUGCCGGAGAUGAUUUAUACGGAGGCACGAAUCGACUUCUUGCAUUUCUUAAUAAAAGUUUUGACAUUAAAACGCAUCAUGUUGAUACAACGAAUUCGGAUACACUUUUACCAUAUUUACAUCCUACAAGGACUCGCCUUAUUCUUCUAGAAUCCCCUACAAAUCCAUUGAUUAAAAUUUCGAACAUUCCAAAGAUUGCAUCGAUCGUUCACGAGCGAUGUCCAAAUGCCUUAAUAGUAGUUGAUAAUACCAUGAUGUCUCCUUACCUUCAAAGACCUUUAGAAUUCGGUGCGGAUAUUGUGAUACAUUCUGGAACGAAAUAUCUCAGUGGUCACCAUGAUUUAAUGGCUGGCGUGAUAGGUGUUAAGGAUGAAAUUGUUGCUGAGAAAAUUCAUUUUACCAUUAAUGCAACUGGGUGCGGUCUUACACCAUUUGAAUCAUGGCUGUUACUUCGAGGCAUCAAGACUUUGGCCGUCCGAAUGGAAAAGCAGCAAGCUAACGCGAUGCGAAUAGCAGAGUUUCUCGAGUAUCAUGGGUUUAAAGUUAUGUACCCUGGGUUAAGGUCUCACCCACAAUAUGAUUUACACAUUACUAUGUCCCGUGGACCAGGUGCUGUAUUGAGUUUUUUGACCAAUAAUACAGAAAUUAGUGAACGUGUAGUAGAAUCCACGAAAUUAUGGUCCAUUAGUGUCAGCUUUGGGUGUGUCAAUUCGUUAAUAAGAAUGUCACAUGCGAGUAUUCCUGCCGCAGUACGGAAAGAAAGAGGUUUCCCUGAAGAUUUGAUUCGUUUAUGUGUUGGAAUUGAAGAUGUAAACGAUUUGAUUGAAGAUUUAUAUUCAGCAUUAGUUACUGCUAAUGCCAUAAACGUCAUAAAACCAAAUGGAUAUAUUAAUAAAUGA